UCUAUCUCUCUCCCCAGAAGUAAAUCCUUUUUCCCUUCGGUUUCCUCCUCCGUCAACUUUUACUAUUCAUUCAUUCCCAUUAAAAAAGAAAAUAUUAAAAUAAAAAAAAAAAGACAAAUUAAACAGUUACUCAUCAACCACCCCCUUUUGAGGUUACUCCCGCUUCAUUUUUUCCUUACUCUCUCUGUUAGUGUACUACGUAGUACUACGAGAUUUUUUUCUAAAUAAAAUCCAUUGAAUUUCUCGAAUUCCGACACUGCCAUUUUUGUUUUUUCCUUUUUUUUUUUUUAAGUAUACUGACAUUAAGGAAGGAAUCACGCUCGCUUGUUUCGGGACAAAUUGUGUAAGGAAGAGGGGGAAGAAUGCAAGAUCCAAACUCGAAGCAAGCGAGUCAGAAUGGGCCGCCAUUUUCAUUCCGGCCUACCAAUCACCGGAGAGCUCAUUCCGAGGUCAACUUCAGGCUGCCGGAGGAUUUAGAUCUGGUGUCUGACCCCUUUGAUGCGCCUGUCGGGACUAGUUUUGACGAGAUGGGAUCCGAGGAUGAUCUCUUCUCUACCUACAUGGACAUCGAGAAACUCGGUGGAUCUAAUUCCAAUUCUAACAUGAAUGAUGCUGAUAAUGCCGGCGGCGGCGGCGGCGCUGGCGGCUUGCUGGAGAAUGGAGUUGAUGGAGAUAAGGGUUCGACGCCGGUGGGAACUAUGAGGCCCAGGCAUAGGUAUAGCAAUUCUAUGGAUAGUUCCAGUUUAAUGCUGAAUGAGAGCAGUAUUGAAGCCAAGAAAGCUAUGGCUCCCGACAAGCUUGCUGAACUUUGGACCAUUGAUCCAAAACGUGCGAAAAGAAUUUUGGCCAACAGACAAUCUGCUGCUCGAUCGAAAGAGAGGAAGGCUCGCUAUAUUAACGAACUUGAGAGAAAAGUUCAGACACUUCAAACAGAAGCAACCACUCUCUCUGCUCAACUCACUCUGUUUCAGAGGGAUACAACAGGACUAACCACUGAAAAUACAGAGCUUAAGCUUCGGCUACAAGCUAUGGAACAACAAGCUCAACUGCGUGACGCAUUGAAUGAAGCCCUGAAGCAAGAAGUAGAAAGGCUUAGAAUUGCAACUGGCGAAAUAGCAGGUCCUUCUGAUUCAUACAAUUUGGGCAUGCAACAUGUCCCAUAUAACCAAUCAGCCUUCUUUGCACAUCAACAGCAGCCAGGCCCAAACGAAUCCCAAAAUGCACAGAUGGCCCAGUUUAAUGCACUGCAGGCUAAAAUGUCAAAUCAGCAUCAUUCUUUGAUUGCAGCUGCUCAAGCUCAAGUGCAGCCCUACUCAGAUACUUUACAGCAGCAGGAUCCCCUCGGUCGUUUCCAGGGUCUUGACAUUGGUAGCAGAACCGCCCAUGCAGUAAAAUCCGAAGGCCCAUCCGUUUCCGCAAGUGAAAGCAGCAGUACAUUCUGAUUCGUCGUGGUUGGCCCUUUAUCUCGGCUCUACUUGUUAAUGUUAAUAGACUGACACCCAGUUAAGCACCCAGGUUCACUGAUAAUUCUUCAAAUUUUUUGAUUGUUUAAUGGAUUUUGAGUCUUAGAAGUAAAGUAGCCUUGACAUGUUGUUUUGUUGUGAAGUCCUUGGUGAUGGUGGUGGGCUUCUGAUUCAUUUCUUGUCCGUCAUAAAUUUUUGAUUCAACUCACAAACACAUAGCUUCUUUUUUUUAUGGUCAUGUGUCUGGGAAUGGCCGCUGUUACAAAAUAGUUGCACUGCUUGUGUGAUGUUAUUAUCUGCAGUAAACUUGUAAUAGGUUAAAUUUGUCCUAGUCCAUGUUUGGAACGGGGAAAUUGUAUUUAUUUACUGUGUUUUUGGUGGGUCAAACAUUAGUGUAUAAUCUUUUAUUGUCUUAUUUGACAUCCAUCUUACUCAAUUAGUUUUCUUAUUUAUCCUCCUCCAUGACAUGUAAACUUUUCACUUUUUCUGGGUCAGUGUUUUACACCUUCGCUAUCAUCAGCGAUUCAGCAUCUUCAAAGCAUGUUCAGUGACGUUCAUUGCUUGAUCAUUUGACAAAAACAGAAUUUUGAUGGAUACCGGUGGGGACUUCCUUGUCUAUUAGGAAUCCAAUUGGUUCACUUAAACAAAAACUCUGAAUUACUAUCACCUCCAGUUUUACCUUUUUGCGACUUUAAUUCAUGGUUUUGCUUCUUAAUUUCCCUUACCCUUCUUCUAAAAGGACAUCAUCUUCUUCAACUUUUGCUUUCUAUUUGCUGACCGAUCUCAGCACCAAUGCCAUAGAAAAAAUGUAACUUGUGAUUAGCCCAACACGAGAGGUCCUAGUUAUCACUAACUCAUUCAUUACUCAUGGUUCAAUUCAAAGUUUCAAACUACGAACCACCUCUGAGACAAUUACAUCACGACACAACAUCCUUGUAUGGCUUAACUGUGUUAAUUUUCUGUUUUCGCCCGUUGAGUGAAUGAAAAACACAAUGCUUUUCGACAUUUCAUCGCUAUCAUUUGGUAAUCACGGUUCUUCAUAAACUGUCUUCCUCGCUAGGUUGAAGAAAACACACCAGUGAAGAAUCUUCUGGAGUGUGAAACACAAGAUGGAGUUGCUUUCAGUUGCAGAAACACACAAGAUGGAGUAAUAAUACUGCCAAACGGUAAAAGGUACUAUAUUCGACGUAAGUCAAGUUGAUGGAAGGCGAAAACACAGAAACUUGGAUGUUUAUCCAUUUUUGUGUAAGCUCAAACAAUCAAGUUUAUUCUGGUGAUACCAUCAAACAUUGAACUGAUGCAAACUUCCCACCUAAGCUUAGGACAUAAACCAAAGUUUUUGGUCCCAAAAAUGUAACAAAUGAACAGACUAAAACAACUUGCAAUAUCGCUGAUGCAGUUGGGACCAUAUAUAUAUAUAUAUAUAUAUAACCAUAUCCCACCAUUUUUCAAGUUUUUAACCUCUCAAGUCUCAACAACAAAG